UUGAAGGGAGGAAAUGUGCAGUUUUGCAGCAGCAGCUGGGGAUUAAGUGAUUCGCUGCUCAGAGAGGGGGUGAAGGAGCCGUACACCUCUGCAUCACUUCCUUUCUUGUUACUUUUCCUGCCGUCAGCAUUGCUGUUUUGUUUCUGAUUUGUGUUGUUUCUUCUACUUUUUUUCUCUCUGCUAUUUUCCUCCAGAACCAACCAUGACUGUGGCUAACUUUAGAGCGAUGAUCCUUUUAGCUUUUACAAUGAUGGCUGCUGGACAAGCCUUUGAGAAGAAUUUCUCUACGCCAACCCAGACUACCAAGAUCAUUUCCCAAAACAAUGCUUCUCUUCAGGAGUCUACUUCUUCAGUUGAGGCUCCUGCCCCAGUCCUGGUCCUCCUUGCAGUACAUUGGACUGGAAUAUGCGAAGCCACCAUCUAUGUUACUGGAAAUCAGUUUUUGAACUACACCUCUUUACCUCUUAGUUCUUCCUCUGAGAUAAAAAUACAAAGGAUUUUGCAGAAAGUGUGUCAGAAACAGACAGGCUGCAAAAACAAAAUGAGCUGGAAGAAUAUGUCCAGUAACACAGACUGUUACAAAGUGGAUGAGAAAGGACCAAUCAGGACAUCCAACUGCUUGGCUCUGGGGGUCAAAUGUGAAGUUGUGGUGCUACCAGAUGAGCGUUCAGAGCUGCAAGUCUACAAGGUUGUAACAGCUCUACUAAGCUGUGGACUGCUUGUCAUGCUGCUAGUACACUUCACCAAACCCACAGUGGAGGCACUCCAGAGAAGACUAUCAGAAAGGAGGGAGCAUCGCUGGAUUGGACCAACACAAAGUCACAGUGUGUCUUACCAUCGAGGGAAAACAACAGUAAAAAACACAGAUGAAGAGAACAGAUUGUCCUUCCAAGCUCUGGAGCGUCUGACUGUCAGCAACAGUGGUGAGCGGACCAGCACCUACAACUUUUAACACCUAAAUCUGAAACAUCAUCAUGUAUAUUAGCAAGAGAUUUUUGUCUGAUUGCUGUCUGGUAUUUUUCAAUUAAUCAAAAAUUAAUCACAGAUUAAGGUGAUUCUUAAAAAUGUCUAUGCAGAACUGUUUUCUGAUCCAAUGGAGUAUUGUUGAGAGAUUUUGUUUUAAGCACUGAAGUUGUAUAUUUGGUGUAUCAUUGUUAAAUGAGAUGUAAUGUUUUUUCUUUAUCUAUAAGCCACAGGUUUGGAUGUCAGGGAUGUACGAUAUGUCAUCGUAUCAAUGUUUUGUAGUGUAUGUUGAAUUGUUAGCCAUUUACAAAAGAUAAACAUAGCUAAAGAUUUUUUUCCCUUUGUUUUGAGCUCAUUGCCUGUUAAGUUUCAUUACAUUUAUUAGAAAUAAAGCAUAUCUUUCUGCAAGAACCCAAAGAUAAAGCCAAAGUCGUGGCAGAUGCUCAGAGAAAGGCUGAUCUACAUACUGAGCUAAUUCACUUUUUGUGAGGGGUGUACCAGAUGGCAGCAAAAUAGCAUCAAGAAAUUUGAAGAAACAGCAGCAAAGGGAACGGCCUUUACCAUCUGUCUAUUCCUCGUGACUCGUAAAGAAGAAAACUGAAACAUUUACAAACUAGAAAAACUUUCACUACCUACAACAAUGCAAGAAAGAAUCCUGUAAGCUGAAUGUGCUAGUUAAAACUGCUAAAAUUAAUUGCUAAAAAUGCUAAAGCUCUUUGCCUAAACUGCUGAAGGAUUUCACUGAUAUGGUAAAGAGAAAUGCAUCCAAUAAGGUUGCGAUUUUGUUCAAAUCUACACACAGACUAAGAUUUACACAAACUGUUUGACUCCCCGGUUGAGUGGGUAGCCGACAUCUUCGCAGACCCCUUGCACCUGUUUUGCGUUGGCUGGUCCAUGCCCAGGGCGGCAAGACGUGGUCAGAGCACGCUGGUAACAGCUUACCCUGGUCAACAGUCGCACUGGGAGCUGGGGGCCCUAUUCCUCCCCCAAACGGCAAAGAUGGUGCAGUGAGCACUUCAGUCCGUGCCCCCGGUGCGGCGAGAACCGGGCGGCGCUCGCUGUGAAGCACGCGGUGGCCAGGGGUUAUCGAGCCGAUUGCGACGCACCGCUGCAGGGGAUCUGUCUCGUUCGCCACUACCGAGGGAAUCCUGGUUAGUUUCUUUUCCUCCGCUUAGUAAUAUGCUUCCCAUCAACGGGCAAUCCUCCAAAAAA